CACGACUGCACGAGGAACUGGACUGUCGAGAAGUUACUUUGUCUCAGAAAUGCCAUUUUUCCUUGAUUAGGUGAUGACUCAUAAAGUAUUUACGUAAACGAGCAAAUGCAGUGAGAAAUCCGUGGCUUAGAGAGGCAGCGCUCACCCCUCACCCUCCGGUUGUUGCUCUGUCCUGUGUCUGUCGGUGACGCUACACCUGAGCUUUUUCCCCCCUCCAAAAGACAAAGUCGCUAACGUGGGAGUACAUUCGACAUGCUUGCGGAGAGUGGUUGCCAGGGGAAGCAACACCUCCAACAUGAUUUCACAUUUACGUGACAAUCAUCCGUCACUUUACACAAAAUUUAAGGCUAAGGAAGUAAAAUGGGGAGAAAGGAUGCUAGCGCCACCAAUCUACCAGUCGAUCAGUACAGGAAACAGAUUGGUAAGCAGGACUACAAAAAGACAAAAUCGGUCUUGAAAGCCACUCGGCUCAAAGCAGAGGCCAAGAAGAACUCGUCUGGUUUCAGGGAUGCUUUUCUGGUCCUCUUGGCCAUCUUGUUCUUUGUCGUCUGCGUCUACGCCUUUUUCUACCUCAACCUCAGCAACGAAAUUAACAUGGACAUGGACGCGGACUGAACCAACCGUCGACUUUGUAGUCGUCAUGUGAUGUCAUUAGUCUUCCUCACAAGGCAUUAGGUAAUCCUGCAGAACACAAAAAUAUUUCAAGAGACAUUAUUUCACUCUUUGGCUGCAAUGUCAGUGAAUUUUUUUUAACAACUCAAGGCAACACUUGGGCAAUCUACCAAGUCAGACUUUCAAAAUAAAAUAUGAAUUACUUAGCAAUCGCACACGCCGCACACUUAAAAAACUGUUUGACUGAUGCUAGCAUGCUAGCUUUUAUUUUCAAGGCUGGACAAGUAUAACAAUUUCUUCCUGUUUGGUUUUUUGGACUUUUUAGAAUGAAUUUAUCAGGAAAAUUUCACAAUCAAUGAUUUUUGGAGAAAAUAACCACAUUUUUCAUCAUUUUUAUUUUUACCCAGCAUGGUGUUCGGCUAUCGCUAACCCUCACUUCUGAAGUAAUUCCGCUGAGUCCAACAAUCAGUUUUCCCGUCACAUUCCGUCGCACCUCCCCCUCUCCUGCCCCGGCGAGAUUAGAAUGCGUGCGCGGAAUAGCGAUAGCCGCGUUUCUACCUGGAUUAGCAUGGCAAAUACGCCGCUUUCAUUUGAAUACACCGGCGUCCCUUUAAGGACAACGCGCCUGUUCGUCAAUGCCUUCUUUAUCCUGCCGUGAGCGCUCUCCCAUGACCUCCUCACCUUCAGUAAAAAGCUGCAUGUCAAAGGAACCAUUAUGAUAAGCGAGCGAGCUUUUAUCUGCACACCCCCGCUGCUUUCUCUUCAGUCGCUAGCAUGUGUAACAAUACGAUAGGUCGCCGUAAUAGACCUUCAAGGCGUGCGCUGUACCUGGAAGCUCAUUAUUCAUUCUGCUGUAACAAUGGCAAUACACGAUUUAUUUGUAUGACUGAUUUACACGUCCGGGACGAGGAAUUCGGUACACCGAAUUGUAGCGAGAGGAGUGUUAAGCUACAUUGAAAAGAAAAGAAUAUGUGAAAAAACUGCGAGGAAUGAAGAAUAAAGAAGACAAAAAGGAACAUUUUGUUAUGUCAGUUUUUGUUUUUUUUGUAAAAAAAAAUGAAAUGUCGUGAGAAAAUGUACGAAAGACAUUUCCGAAAAGUCUGUCAUGCUUCAGGAAAAGGCUUGGAGGGAAUUUUUCUUGGUUAAAGGUAAAGGUUGUAAUGUUGCAAGAAUUUGUUGUUACCACAAAAAAAGACUCCAAAAAUAUGCAACAAAAAAGAAAUUACAAACUAAAAAAAAAAAAAAAAAAAAAUCAUUAUUAUUAAAUUAUUAAAUUAUUAUUAAUGAUUAAAGCAACACCAGGUAACUUUUCAACCUUUAUAAAGUAUUUUUGUAACAUUGUAAUGAUAUGUCGACUGACAACUAGUUGAAUGACACCUCCUUUAUAUCUUGAGGGGACCUGUCUCGCUUUCACUCGCACUAUCGUAUUUUUCGGACUAUACGUCGCACCAGCCAAAAAAUGCGCAUUAAAAAGCA